CCGCCCCUGACACAGUCCUCCUCCUCCUCCCCCACCUGCCUCGGGCAUAAAAAGGCACCAGGUGAGGGCCUCGCCACUCCUCCUGCCUUUGGAAGCUCUCAGGCCAGUGUCGCUCCCGUAUUCCGUCUAGCCAUGACUUCCUACAGCUAUCGCCAGUCCUCCGCCACCUCGACCUUCGGGGGCUUGGGCGGCGGCUCCGUGCGCUUUGGGUCUGGGGGCGCCUUCCGCCCACCCAGCAUCCACGGGGGCUCAGGCGGCCGCGGUGUGUCUGUGUCCUCUGCCCGUUUCGUGUCCUCGUCCUGUGGGGGCUAUGGUGGGGGCUAUGGUGGCGGCUAUGAUGGGUCCGAUGGGCUACUGACGGUCAAUGAGAAGCUCACGAUGCAGAACCUCAACGACCGCCUGGCCUCCUACCUGGACAAGGUGCGCGCCCUGGAGCAGGCUAACGGCGAGUUGGAGGUGAAGAUCCGAGACUGGUACCAGAAGCAGGGGCCCGGGCCCUCCCGUGACUACAGCCACUACUUCAAGACCAUCGAAGAUCUGCGGGAGAAGAUUCUUGGUGCCACCAUUGAGAAUUCCAGAAUUGUCCUGCAGAUCGACAAUGCCCGUCUGGCUGCAGAUGACUUCCGAACCAAGUUUGAGACGGAGCAGGCCCUGCGCAUGAGUGUGGAGGCCGACAUCAACGGCCUGCGCAGGGUGCUGGACGAGCUGACCCUCGCCAGAGCUGACCUGGAGAUGCAGAUC